AUGGCGAAAAUUCGGCUCACCACUCUUAAGCACUGCUUUGAGUUCUUUGAGUGGUUGAAUAACGGUGGAGGUCCAAAGAAAGAUGUGGUAACUGAGUUUGUUCAAAGAUUGACGCCUUAUUUUCCGCAAAUGUCCGGACUUAAAGGCCCAUUGCAAAAGGAAUUUUUUAAAUUUCUUGCAAAUGUCUCGCUGCUAUAUAAAACAUUAUCUGCGGAAGUUACGAUGCUGGGCACUUAUAAAGUAACAACACGUGAUCGAAAGCAUAUUCUCGAAGCUCUUUUAGAAUGCACUCCUAAGUUGCUUGCUGCGCUUUCUUUCAUACAGUACCACGUGGACGAAGCGUUUAGCAAUGUUGGAGGUGGGGGAUGGGCUACAAAGUCCAUCAAGUCCGGAGAUUUUCAAACGUUUUUGACUAAUAGGAAUAACAUUCUUGCCGGAGGAUUCAGUGCCGGAGAGCUUAAUAAUGUACAGGGUAGCAGACUAGUAGAGGAUUUAAAAAAAAUUUUGAAUAAGGAGCGUGAUGGUAGAGGAAAGGGAGUGCAUGAUCAUUUUCGAAAUGUUAUAUUGACAACUUUGGGAAAAGAGUGGAAUACCUUCAACACUGGGAACACUGUACUUCUGGUGUACACAUUUUGCCAGUUGGUUACCAAGAGGACGGAACUUGACGGCGGGGCGUUUAAAACGGCGUUAGAGAAGGGACUUGGACGCACAAUAUGUUGGCAAGAUUUAAAAAGUCAUUGUCAACUUCUGAAAGAACACAUCGAUACGCUGACGGGAGCAGGAUUUUCUUUUACGGGUAGAGCUAGCAUACCUAAAGAGCAUGUUAAAUUAGCUACUGAGGCCGCGAAGUGGUUUAGUGGGAAUUUGCCGGCUGCUGCAAACGUAUUGAAAGACAUGAUACCUCAUACUGCUGAUAUAUCUACACUUCGAUCAUUUGCCAAGGAUCACCUCUAUACCCAUGGGUUCAUUUUUGACGGGAGCAAAUGGAACGUGUGGCACAAGCCUCCGAAUUUAAAUAAAUGGGAUCGAAUACUUCAAAUGUUCCGCCAGCUAGAUGGACUGCUGGGAAAGCUUAAAGAUAUUUUGGAUGGAACAUACAGAAACUCAUGUCAACCCCUUGUCACCAAAACCGAAGCCACUAAAACGGAGGCUGCAAAGCCCGUGGCCACCAAAACUGAGGUUACGAAGCCCCAAGCUAAGAAUGCUGGAGGAAGUACAAAUCAAAAUACUAGUCAAAGUGGAGCAAAACCUGGAACUUCAUCUGUCGGCACAUCUUCAUCUCCGCCUACCGGUAGUGCAGGAGCGCCAGGGUCUCAAGGUGAUCGAGGCAAGAAAGGGCCUGGUGGUUCAGUGUCUCCAGAGCCUGCCGCUUCACCAGGGAAACCAACUGUUAAAUCCCAACAGACUGCAUCUCUAGAUUCGCCUGUGACCUCACCUCACGCCCCUCCUCCCAUUACUCCUGCAGCCCCUGCCUCCCCUAGUCAGCCCAGUGGCGGGGGUGGGAGUGCAAAUGGCGGUGGUGGUGCGGGUCUAAAGGUUGGUGGAUCUUCAUCAACUGGGCAUCCUCAGACUCCAGGUGCUCCAUCACCAGGCACUGCGUCAUCUGGUGGAUCUGGUAACAAUGGUGGUCAGGGCCUUUCUGGCGCUGGUCAGCAAGGUGAUACGAGUAAAGGUACAAAUGGCGGUAGUCUUACAAGUCAACAGCUUGCUGGCGCUCAAGUCCCUGCGUCUCAUCAACCUCCAACUGCUCAAUCUCCAGGCCCUCAGUCAACUGGUGUCCCUGGUUCCAGUAGUGAUAAGGGCCUGGGUGGGCAGGCGGGUGCUUCUGGCGCUGCUCAACGAAGCGUUCAAGGUACGCAUCCAGGUGCAGGUGACAGUUCUGCUGUAUCUGCUAUUGCCGAUUCGGCUCUGGGUGUUGGUCAAAGUGGCGGUGGAGCUGGAGGGGGUGUAGAAAAGGUAAAAACAUUAUCUCCCCAACAACAACUUUUGGAACAUUACGGACAAUUGUUGAAAAACAAUGCACAUAUAUUUAAGAAACAAGCUGAACGAAACGACAAAGCUGCUAAAAACAUGGAAGAAAAGAUACAAUCAUUAAAUGAAAAGCUGCAUAAUAUAUGGCAGGAUGUACAAGAAAAAAACAUACGAGAAACAUUUGGACAACCGACACUGCCAAAUAUACAAACGCAAGAUCAUUCCGCACUUCAAAAUGCGAGCGGUCUUAAUUCCCCUGGUCUUUCGCUUCAACCUAACAGCCAUCAUCCUGGUGUAUUACCUCAAACUCCUCAGCGACCUAGGUGGAGUGGAAAGGGGAAUCACCCUGCAACAUAUGCGGAUUAUGAUAUCUCUAGAGGAUACAAUCCGUUGAAUAGUCUUGACGGUUAUGCCAUUUCAGAUCCGUUUGAUGUGACAAUGGAUGGUGUUGCAAUUCCGGAUACGUCGUUCGACGAAGAAGAAAAAAAUAGGCAAACCAGACUUCAAGCUCAUGAUGAAAGACAACUUAUCAAAGAAAAGGUAGAUCACCAGGCAUACGUCAAUAUGCAGGCCAACGACAUCCUAAAAUCAGUUGAGGAAGUGAAAAAUUCGGAAAAUAAAGUGUUACAGGAGAUUAAAACCCUUCUAGAAGAGGAAGAAAGACAAAAAUUAAUAACUACAGGUUUCGACGGUGAACCCGUUGUUGGUGUUGACUACCUCGAUGGUGAAGAGAUUAAGCAUGAGUCUCCCAGUAAACAUGAACAUGAGCGAUAUGUGCAAUUACAGGCGUACGACCAAGCUACGAAUAUACAGCGGGAUAAGCAGAAGCAGUGGGAACAACAUUAUCAAGAACAAAAUGAAAAAAUUAAUAACUCACAGGAAGAGCAUCAACAAGAGAUAAAAAGAACCCUUGAUGCCAUAAAUUACUUUAAAGAAGUAGAAUACCGAAGACAACGAGAGGCUGCCGAAGCCGUAACUGGUGUACCACUUUUUUCCAAGACUGCCUUUAAUCUCCUGGAAUCACCUGAUCAUUCGACGGUAUCGACAUUACCAAUGGUCACUGGAGCACCCAUUCCGAAAUCCAACCAGCUGUUACCGAUGCCCAAUGGCGGUUUUGACACUGCGAUGCCUCCGCAUCCAACAAUCCAUUUAGAAAUCGAAAAACCGCAUUAUUCCAGAAUUAUAUACGGAUUUAAAGAAUUAGGUAAUUCUCAGACGCCAUCAAAUUCAAUAGAACCUGCCUUGCCAGAUUAUGCAAUUCCAAACAUGGAUCCUAAUUCAGACACCGAUCAUUCCAACUAUUUAGGUGUUUUUAAGAAUUACGGAUUUACUAUGGAUCCUAACCCCAACAUGUGCAACAAUCCAUGGAAUUACGUCUAUGAUUCUGCCACCUCAUCAACCCUCCCCCCUUUACCAUACUCCGACCAUCUACCGCCUCCCACCAACGUCAAGGCCAUGCUCUUCUGGCUGGUCGGUCUCAAUGCGUACGGACUUAUUGCCAAAAUGGAGAGGCACAUGGAAAAUAUACUCAAUGAAAUCAACGGCGAUACAUUCUACCCUAAGUAUGCCCUCCAGGUCAACGGGGAUCUAUCCUCCUUGUCCGCAUCUCAUAUCGCCGACACCCUUACCGAGGCUUGUCUCUACUCAGCACACGUACUCAAUGGCAUAAUGCGUAUGAAUUCCAAAAACGCCUGGUCUCCCACCGACUUUGAAUCAGUAUAUAGUAAGUUUCAUUAUUCCCCCGACCCCGCCUGUCUCCUCUGUCAGCUGCGUGACUACGUGUACGCCUGCCACCACCAGUUGCAAUUCCUGAAGUCGCAGUGUAAUCGGAAUAAACUAAGUGGUGGUUGGAAAAAUGAUGAGUACGGCAGCGACAUCACUGCUUCCAAGUCCCCCCUCCAGUCCUUCCUGACUGACAGCUGGGACUGCGACUUCAAGACGCACCUCUUCGACCCGUGCAACCUCUGCCACAAGAGCAGGGUGAGGAUGGGAUUCAAGAAGGAUGAUUUGCCUAAUGAUUCACAAACUGGCAACACCAUUUCCUCCAUCCUCACUCCCAGCUGCGGCGGCAGUGACCCCUUGCUCACAUUGUCGUCCUACCUCAACUGCCUCACCAGGCGGACGCCGCGCACCACCGGGGAGCUUCUUUCCUUCUUCCAUAAUUUCGGCAUCGAGUUGCACAAUUAUGAUCAGAAAGCACUUUCCUCACUAGGCACUGCCAUCACCAAGUCACAUGCCGACUACCCUGACUGGGACCAUCUUGGUCGCCACGACUUGGACGCUGUCCGUCGCAUCCGAGGCGCCGAGUCCCUCAACUCCAUCUCCAAUCACAACCACGACAAAGACCAUCCCCAUACCCUGUCCACACUGGUAGGCUGCGGCAGUGACCCCGACAGCUGCCCUCAACAUUGCUCGCCCAUCACCUACCGGGCCUACGCCCUGUACUCCCAGAGCUUCGCCCACACCUACCUCAGCUGGACGGUGUACCUGCCGAACAGAUUGCAUGAGUCACUUCAAAAGCUGUACUACGAUUUGCAAAAACAUCGUGGCAGCAGCAAGUGUUCAGCCCUCAACCUGUGUUCCACUGCACUGCCCCUCCUCUACCUACACGGGAUCACGCCGCCGGAGGUGGGAUCGCAGGUGUCACUCACAUGUUCAGAUGUCAUUUGUGAGCUUAAGGAUGUGAUCACCGGCAAGCCUAUCGCAGAUCUCAUGACCUGCAUGGACAACUUCCUCUACGGCAUCCGGGAGCCAUUCAUCUUCACCGUCGUCGCGAUGUGGUCUCUCGCAUUCCUCGUCUUCGCCAACACGAUGCUAUACCGUCUGGACGUGCUCCACAUCCGAUCACACCUUAUUCGCACUAAAGCUUCCCACCACAUCGACGUCAAGGCCUUACUCACGAAAGGCCGGAAGAUGCUUUCACUAUACAAAGACGUCGACUACUUCGACGAGGACCCUAUUGGUCAACUUGUUCUUUAA